GCGCGCGGGGCGGGGCCGGUGGCGCAGCGGCGGCGGCGGCGGGCACAGGAGGCGCGCGGUUCCCCAGCGCGCGGUCCCCCUGCGCGCCUACGCGGUCCCCGCCGGAGUCGCCGCGUCCCUCGGUGCGGGCCUCCCCCCUCCUCCCGACCCGCAUCCCUCCGGCCCCGGGAUGGGCGCGCGCGCCUCGGGCUGGCCCCGGGCCCGGGCCGGGCUGCUGCUCCUGCUGCCGCUGCUGCUCGCGCUGCUGGCUCCGGGCGCGCAGGGGGCGCGGGGCCGCGGCGGCGCCGAGAAGAACAGCCACCGCCGCACCGUCAACACCUUCUGGCAGAGCGUCACCAGCCUGGUCGGCGAGGACAACGUGCGCGCCGCUCAGAAGCUGCUGACCAGGCUGACCGAGAAGUUCGUGCACGGCGUGGACGUGUUUCUGGAAACGCUGUGGAAGGUGUGGAUAGAGCUCUUAGAUGUCCUUGGCCUGGACGUCGGUGACUUUUCUCCCUUCAUGGCCCAAGACAGCUGCUCCCAGUCCUACUAUCGCAUCCAAUGCCCAGAAGGCAGAAGAGCCAGAGUCGCCAACAUGUCGCAGUACCUGAGCCCCGCCUCGGUGGCCAGCAGCCCCGCCCGCGCCCUGGUCCUGGCCGGCCUCCUGCUGCUGGCCUACUGGUUCCUCUCGCUGACCCUGGGGUUCGCCGUCAGCCUCCUGCACCUGCUGUUCGGCCGCUGCUUCUGGAUGGUGCGUGUGGCGCUCUUCUCCAUGGCCUGCGUGUACGUCCUGCACAAGUACGAGGGCGAGCCCGAGGGCGCCGCGCUGCCCCUCUGCUUCGUGGUGGCCGUCUACUUCAUGACGGGGCCCGUGGGCGCCUGCUGGCGCGGCCCCCCCGGCGGCCCCGGCCUGGAGGAGAGGCUGGAGCAGCUGGACGCCCAGGUGCGGGUGCUCAACGUCCGCCUCAACCGCGUGCUCGAGAGCCUGGACGGCGGCCCCGCCAGCAAGUGACAACCAGCCGCCCGGCCGGGGCCCGCGGUGCCCGCGCCGCCCGCGCCCUCGCUCCGCAGGCAGCAGAGGAGGAGGAAGAGGAGGCCAGCCAACCCCAAACUGUCUCAAUAAAGGUGCCUGAGCCCGCGGGGGGGCGCUCUGUGAGGGUGUUUCGGGCCGCGGGCAGACUCUCGGGGCGCCUGCCGGGGUGGGCCGCGGGACAGAGGUGUUUUUUACACAGAGGACGGACCCUGUCAGCUGUACAGUCACAGACGUGUGUCCCCGUGGAGCUACCCGUGGAUCUCCCCCCGCCCCCAAGCCCUCAGAGAACAUCUUUUGUAAGGUGGUGGUGGUUUUUUUUUUUUUUUUUAAAAAAUAAAGGCAGAUGCGAGUCCCGUUCCUUAACACUUGACGUGCAGGGGGCAGAACGUGCUCAUUCGACGUGUCAGGAAAGGGACGGACGCGGGGGCUCCCCGGGGGCGAGCUCACGUUCCUGGGAGGUGAGCUCCGGCCGACGUUGUUUUGGGUGGAUGUUGACCGAAUCGAUCCACGUGGUCGCCUCUGAAUGUGGACGGUUGGGCUCGAGGCUAAGGACACGGGCACGUCUCCUGGGUCCUAGGGGCCCAGCCACGCCCCUGGCAAUGCUGUGUCUAAGGGAGGAACUCGUUGUCUGAGGAAAACCUUGAGUAUUUCCCCCACUUCUGUAUUUGGAUAUAUUUUAGGCUCCACCUUUUGGAAAGGGAAAAACUCCAGGAGUUUUGGGGUCGGAUGCCAGGAGCGCCCGGGGCAGGCGGCCGGACUCACUCCGAACCUCUUGGAAGCCGGUCUCGCCAUGUGCCAGCGGGGCCUGCGUGGGAAAGAUACGCUCUCGAGGGUUUUCGGUUUGUUUGUUGCAUUUUUUUAAAAUAUAUUUUAUUGAUUUUUUUACAGAGAGGAAGGGAGAGGGAUAGAGAGCUAGAAACAUCGAUGAGAGAGAAACAUCGAUCAGCUGCCUCCUGCACACCCCCCAUUGGGGAUGUGCCCGCAACCAAGACACAUGCCCUUGACUGGAAUCGAACCCCGGACCCCCCCAGUCCGCAGGCCGACGCUCUAUCCACUGAGCCAAACCGGUCAGGGCUGUUUGUUGCAUGUUUAGUGUUUAAUUCUCACCGGAGGAUAUUUUUCCGUUGAUUUUUGGAGAGCGUGGAAGAGAGAGGAGAGGGAGAGACAGAGAGCAACAUCGAUGUGAGAGAGACACACUGAUGGGUUGCCUCCUGCAUGUGCCCUGACCAGGACCCAGGCAGAAACCUGGCUUCUGUUUGGGCAUAUUCUUAACCCCAGAGAGUGUGGGAAUUUUUUUCUUUCUUUCUCCAUUCCAUGGAAGCUGGUAGGGUAUUUGGCCUCCCGUCCCUCCUGCCCCCCCGCCGCCCCCACCCCCAUCUCUUUCUUUGUCCUCUCUUUUGUACGUGGGAAAAUGUAUUUUUGUACCAUAUCUCAUCCCUGGAAGAGAAACCUUUUUCUAUCUCCGGGGCUGUGGACGAUGUCAGCGUAACGCUUCCUUAGGCGGGACAGGAACACAUCCUGGUGAGAACUGCCGGGCGCCGUUGUAAGCGAGGCUCAGUGUUGUCGGGUCUCCGUCAGUGUUAACGUCCCGGGACUCCAGGAAAUACCAAGAACAGAAAAUAGUCCAGAAAAGAAAAG